AGCACAGUCACAUAUGGAAUAAAGUGUACGCCAAUAUUUUAAUAUACAAAUUGUGUUAGAAAUGUACUGUAAUUGUUUUUAUCUUUGAAAAAAAAACAAACAAAAAAAAAAAUAAUAAUUCAUGCAUGUAGUCUUGGAUUAAAUUUUAAAAUUAUAAUUAUUUUUUUUGUUAUUAAUUUAAAUUAAGUGAUUUAUUUAAAUAAAGUUAUAAAUAAUUGAAUUUUGUUAAAUGUUUUGUACUUAUUAAUUUAUAUGAUUUCAUAUAAAAUGUAUUUAUGUAUGAAAAACAAUCAAAUGUAAUUUUUGAAAUCCGAAAGUGGGUUCUUAUAUAAUGUCAAAUAUAUCACCACGUCAUUUAGAUUUAGAUUUUGAAAAAGAUCUUCCUCCAUUGAGCUAUAUUGAUUUGUUUCCUAAUUCCCCAAACUUUCAAGGUGAGGAAAGUAUACGUACUGCAAGUACGGAAAGCGGUUAUAAAUCUUCGUCAGAAUCAAAUUUAGGAAAUUUAAAAAUAAUGAAUUCGAGAUCAUCUAAGAAUAAUAGCAAUCAAAAUAAAAAUGUAGCAGUAAGUCCAUCACCAUCACCUAGUUUCGCAUCAGAAACAGAAAGUUUUGAGGAUAAUCCAAGUGUAAAAAAGAGAAAAAGAAAACGUUUUUGCUAUACAUGUGAUACCGAAUUUAGAAGAAGUAAAGAUUUUUUGUCACAUUUGAGAGGUCAUGUAACAAUGCCAUACUUGAAUAUCAAAAAGCUUCCCGAUGACAAUAUUUAUGUUAAAACAUAUUUAGAAAGUAAAAAUAAAUCAGCUGAACAACCCUCAAAAUGUAUAAAAUUAAAAGUAAAAAAAUUAGCUGGUAUGUUAAAUGAUGAAAAUCAAUUUAAAAUCAUUGAAGAACCAACUGUAAAAAUAAAAACUGAACGAAUAGAUGAUUUUGAAAAUUCAGAAAACGUCACAGAAAAACAAGCUGAGUCUGAAAAAGUAGGAAAACCAACAGUAAGAGUGUUGCGACCUGAUGAAAUAAAAAAAAGUAAAAGCCCACCAAUAGAAUCAGUAUCCCAACCAAUGAGAAUGUUGGAAAAUAUGCAAAUUCCAAACAAUAACAAUAAGGCCAGUGUGAUCUCUAAUCCCAUAAGUGAAACGGGAUCAGAUGGAUAUUUCGAAUGUCCAACACUGGACGGACUUGAUCAAUUUGUUCAAGAAGGAGGUGGGGAAAAUGCUGAUGUUCUGUUAAAGAAACUUUUAAAUUCAAAUCAAUCAGAUUUAAAUAUGAACUUACUUGAACCGGAUCAAUGGUCUGAUAAUCCUAUUCCAAAUGAAUUUAUUUCUCUCGAUAGAUUAGCUAUUUUCUGUACAGUAUGUAAUGCAACAUUUGAAAAUGAAGUGCAGUUAUAUGAACACAAACGGGUCAGUGGUCACGAUAUGCCAAUAAAUUCAUCAAGCUCGCUGUCACCUCAUUUGCCAAAUCAAAUGCCAAUGCAUCGCGCUUUGCAUCCCUCACAUCCUUCAUAUCAUCAACAACGCUUUAAUUUUCAAAAUCAACAAGAAAUGAGGUAUUCACCUAAUAACCCACAUGCUUCGCCAGAUAUGCGAACAAAUGGCAUGAUGUAUCCUCCUGGCCACCCUCACCAGCAAGGAAAUGAUCACCACUUGCAACCAGGAUCUCCUUAUUCAAAUUCUUAUAUGUAUGGUCCACAGGGGCAGCAACUAAUGAAUUACUCCUCGCAACAGCAUCAAAUGAUGAUGCGUCGGCAACCCCCUCCUUUAUAUAGGGUUCCACAACCUCAACCGAUGAGGCCACCGAAUCUAACACAUGCAUCGCAUCCAUGUAUGCCAUAUAGCAACUAUCAUGAGUCCUAUUCAAUGAAUUCGGAAAUUGCCAGAGCUGGAGAGUUUAUGAAAACUAGACUUCAAAAAGAUCCAAAUUCAAUUACUCCCCCAAUAACGGCUGACCAAAUUAAACAAAGUAGUUCACCACCCGUAAUCAUGGGUACACCCACGCAAAUAAGGCCAAGGUUUCUGACUCCACCAGUGAGACAAGAGUUGUUACGACAACAUGUAGUAACUCAACAUCAAGGAGCACAAACAACACGUCCAGCACAUCCACAACAUUCACAGCACUCUCAACAUCCGCAACAUCCUCAACUUGCUCAACAACGAAUGCAUCCACAAAUGGCUGCUAGAAUGGUGAACAGUCAGGGUCCUCCAAGUAUGAUACGACCUCCUGGACCAGGAAUGAAAAUGCCGGGCAUAAUAGUUCCUAAGCAACCGGGUUCUUCAAUGCCUCCAAACAUUCAAAGAGAAAUACCACCCGGACCAGGUGUUCGAAUAACUGGGGUAACAGCACCUCGGGACUUUAAGUUAGUUCCGAAACCGACCGCUCCUUCUCCAAAACCAGCAGAAUCUUCGCAAUUGGGUCCAGCAAUCAAAAAAAUAAAGUUAGAUUUAAAGCAACCUAGGCACAAUACAAGCUCGCCAUCACAACAAAAUCGUUCAGAUGGCUUACCAAUAAUAAAAAGUGUAAUUGGAAAUGCGAUUAAGUUUCAUAAUCCAAACAGUCCUAAAUCAGCCACACCUCCUGCCACCGACAGAGAGUCUCCGAUACAAUUGAAUGAUCAAAUUACUUUAAGUAUGAAAUCUGGUGAAAAUAAAAAAGAUCCAAAGGAAGUAGCCAAUUUGUUAGCUACACGUGGUAUCAUCGUCACCCAAAAAGGUGGAACAAAAUCAAAGGAAUCAACUGAAAAUAGUUCGCAAAAUUCAAAUACACCCCCAAUAACUGCUGCUAAAGAAGCUGUCCAGAAACUUCAAAUGAAUAAUGCAGUAAGUAUAAUAUCAAAAAAGAAAUCUGAAGAAGUGGAAAAUACUGAAAGCAAUUCAAAUUUACCCGAUUCAAAUUCCGAAACCUCAAUCGCUUGCAAUAACGAUAAAUGUCAGGAAAAGUUUUCUUCAACAGAACAACUUAAUAAACACAUUAACCGAGCACAUCCUUCCAAAAAUAGUAAUACCUCAAUGAAUACCUCAAGUAAUCCUAAUGUAUUAAAUAUAAGAGCUUUCAAAUGCAAAGUUUGCCCAGCGUUGUUUUCAAGUCAAGAUGGUGUUCAAGAUCAUCAAUGGAAACAACAUAAGAUAAUGCAUUCUAGUGCUGAUGAACUUGGAGUACCGGUUAUAGAUUUAAGAAAUGAAUUGACAAAAAAGAAACUUGCCGCAUUAGGAAUAACAAAUUAUAUACCGCUCUGCAAUAAAACUUCUACUCAUUGUUUUGGAUUUCCAAUUGUUUCUGUUCAAGGGGCCACUAAUUCAAAUAUUUGUAAUCUUUUAGGUUUAGGUGCAUCAUCCGUUCUUUCAUUAGGCCCAGUAAAACCCAUUCCAAAAGGUUAAAAAUAAUUUAAAAAUUUUUAAAUUAUGUAAAUAAUUAAUGUAAUUAAUUUAUUUUAAAAUAUUAUUAGGUUAAAAAAUAUUGUAUAUUUAUAUUAUUUUCAUGUUAUUUUUUAAAAUUUAAUUAUAUGUAUAACAAAAUAUAGUUUUAGUAUAUAUGUAAAAUCAUAGAAUUGUAUAUAUUGAAUUGUACAAUUUAAGAGUAAUUCUACAGUGACUGAAUUCAUAUUGAAUUGGCUGGUUUUUGUUAAUACUGCUAUGGAAUAUUACAUAAGGUUGUGAUUUGAUUACUUUUCAAAAAAAUAUUACAGAUUUAUUUUUGAUUUAUGUAUCAAAAAACGUUAUUGUUUAAAUAAUAUGUUUAACUUUAUGGUUAUUGUAACGCAUAUUUUUGGAAAUAACGCUCUUUUCUGAAUUGCAUCUUAGAUUAUUUAGGUUAUUUAAAUUCCCACAGUAGAAGUAACUUUUAUUUAUUUAAUUCAUUGAAUAAAUUCCACCGUGGACACAGUGGACAUUUUCAAUUCCGUAACAGAAUAUUUUGUAUGUUUAUGACAAUAAAAUUAAGUACAUAUUGCUAUAUUAUGGAACAAAAAUAAUGAUUCCGUAAUUUUAUUGAAACCCAAUUCUAAGAAGUAAUUUAGAAUACAGGCUAUAUAGUUAAAUUUUGCAAAUAUGUAUAAAUUUAAAUAAAAGUUGUUAAAGCCUUAACCUUUUUGUUCUAGAAAUUGUAUGUAUCAAAAUAUUGUUAGGAAUAUUUUUUUGCAAAAACUUUUUAUUAACCUUAAGAAUUAAUAAAAUUUAAAUUUUGUUUUAAUAUUUGUAUAUAAAUUUUAAUAUAUUAAAUUUGUAUAAAAAUAUUAUAUUAUAUUGAAAGACUUAUUCAAAAACUGUACGACAAUAUUAAGUUAAUUAAAACAAAAAUAUAUUUGAAUUGCUUUGGUGCUAGUUCCUAAGUAUUGUUUAAAAAACGUUAACAUCUUCAAAAAAGUCAAUUUUAUAAUAACACUAUUUCUUUGGUACAUACUUAAAAGUAUUUUUAAUGAUUUAAAACACAAAUUGUAUUUGAGAGAAUAAAUCUGCUUUAAAGAAUUCGUAUGCAGAUAAAAUGUAAGUGAAGGGAUUACUGUAGAAUGAAAUUGUAAGUUAAAAGAAAAAAAGAAAAUAAUAAUCUUAAAAAAAACAAGUGCACAAAAUGUUAUUAAAUAGUAAUAUUAAUUAUUAUCUAAAAUAAAGUUUGAAUUAAAUUAAA